AUGGAUCCAUCGGGCUCCAAGGAGAAAAAGGCAGUUCCACGCUUUGCAAGCUUCAAGCCUCUGCCGACAGCUCCUAGACCAGAUCGACGCCACGACAGCCAGAGUCGCGAUUCUAGCAGGAGGGAUGAGGAACCCAGGCAUCGAUCGAGACACAGGAAUCAUCGUGAACGGGAUGGUUCUCGAGAACGUCGACUGGAGCGAAAGGAGCGAGACCAUGGACGCCGUUCGGAGCCCCGUACACGCGCGAAUGACGCGCAGUCAGAGGCUGUCCCUCUCCCGACGCAGCCCGUGAAGGCCGUGAAGGAAAAGAGGGAUGAAAUCAAGGACGAGCCGGGUUUGUUCUUCAUUGAUCGGAAGGGAGAUAUACACAACAAGAUCUAUGGAACACUGCAUCGGUAUAGUGUUCCUCGGUAUCACCGAUUUGGCCGAGGGUUCAUCUUAGGCCUACCCCGGAGCUAUAGGAUUGAUCGGGAAUCGGUCAAUGAGGACGCCCUGGUUGUGACGACUGGUGCUUGGCGAUCCGAUGCGUCGAGGACAAAGAAGAGGAGCAUAUUAUCGAAGGUCGAUAAGCAAGGAACAAGGCUCUUGAGAGUGCGACAGGAGCCCGAGUCCGACAUAGCAGAUGCAGAAAAGGACUUCCUGCCGUUCUCGACCUCUGGGAGCAGAAGCCGCCGAGAGAUCCUUGGAGACGUCGGCGUAGAAGAUGACAGAUAUGGAUACCGUUCGAUCGAGGGAAAGGCCAAAGCAGAUCUCGACCUGCCCAGUGACGUUGAGGAGUUAUCUGACAUUGACUCGAGUGGGGACCAGGGUAUACGGAUGGACUUGGAUGAGGACGCGAAGCGGAUGAAUGCAGAACUUACUCGAGCUGUGGAGCAGAACCCUCACGAUGUCGGCGCUUGGUUAAAGCUCGUCGAGCAUCAAGAGACGCUUCUUCUUGGCGCCGGACGGGAGUCACGAGUCCUCAGCUCCGCAGAGCAGAGGAGUCUGGCGGACGUCAAGCUCUCCCUUUACGAAAAGGCCUUGAAGAAGGUCGGCCAGAAUCCAACAAUAGACCGGCUUCUGCUCGGCCGGCUAGAGGAGGGCGCAAAGCUAUGGGACACGAAGAAGCUAUCUGCACAAUGGCAGGCUGUGCUGAAGUCUCACUCACAUUUCAUCAGUCUCUGGGUCAAAUAUCUGGAUUUCCGUCAGACAGAGUUUCUGGAUUUCACAUACGAGCGAUGCCUGGGCACCUUCUUUGAGUGUAUGAAGCUCAACGCUUCAAGCUCAGACCGUCCGGAAAAGGCGCAGAUUCAAGUUUAUCUGUUUCUUCGUAUGUCACUGUUCAUGCGAGAAGCGGGUUUUUCCGAGCUCUCUGCGGGACUCUGGCAGGCCUUGCUUGAAUUCACCUUCUUCCAUCCAGGCCAUUCCGAUACAGCGCUGGCUGAUUUCGCAACGUUCUGGGAAUCUGAAAUUCCUCGCAUAGGAGAGGCCGGUGCAAAGGGCUGGAAAAGUAGAGAGAGGGCUUUUGUCGAACCGAAGCUCGACGUUAUGAAAAGCUACAUUGAGCCAAAAGACAUCUUUCUCUCGUGGUCGGAGAGCGAGAACGAACGAAUAUGCAAUGCUCGCUUGCCUGCCAGAAGCUUGGACGAACCAUCUGAUGAUCCAUUCAGGGUGAUCCUGUUCUCGGACUUGGAAGAAACACUGUCACUCUUCCGGUCCCUUGACGCAGCCGAUUGCUUGAUUGAUGCUCUUCUCUACUAUUGCCACCUGCCUCCCUUGAUAUCCCAACGAAAUACCAACACCACUCGAACUUGGGUGGGAGACAACUUUCUCCAAAACCAUCUAAUCGACACCCCUGACUACACAUUGAAAGAGUGGCUCCACAAAGCCGAAGAAGGCGACUUGGAACGUUCAGCAGUACUUCCUACAUGCUUCCCGCACCAAAAUUAUAUCCAUACCGUCCAAACCCUUUUCGCGUGCUCCGGAUCUUGGUUUUCCUCAUUACAACUAUGGCGGGAGACCAAUAUUGGGCGAGAAUCCGACAUUGACGCGGACUGGACUCGGAGAGUCCUGCGACUCCUAGUCGAGGCAAAUCCGUCGCGUGAUGACCUUGCAGAGUAUUCCCUCUCUGUGGAGUAUGCGUGCAACAGCAAGGAAGCCAAGAAAUAUGCCAAAGCACUUCUCAAGAAGAAGCCAUCUAGCCUCCGUCUCUACAACUGCUACGCUCUGAUAGAGUGCCGGUCAGGGAACCGCGCGGCUGCCGAGAACGUCUGGGCGACCAGUCUUUCCAUGAGCCAAAACUUCAAUGCCGCGGAUAAGGCGGACAGUGUUCUUCUCUGGCACGCCUGGAUCUGGCAUUGCCUUGGAACUCAAGAGCUGUCUCGUGCCUCGUAUCUUUUGCAGUCCAUGCCACAAAACAGCAUCGACGUCAAAUCGUUACCGGAGCCAUCAACGGGCAUUACUUUCAGUCCCGCAAAUUCGCUGCAGAUCCAGAGGUUUCUAGCAGACAGUCAAGAGCAGGCGCUGGGCCGUGGGAGCCCUGCCGUCUUCGUAGCCGCGACAGACUGCCUCGCCAUCUUCUCCUACCUCGCUCACUCAGGCGACCUAGACAAGUCCCUGGACGGGUAUACCAAGGGUCUGGCCCGCCUCACGCUUCAACCCGAGCCAUACGCCACCUUCACUACCGAACUCCUGCUGCAGGGCCGUGCCAGGCUCCUCUACCACCACAUUCGUACCAGCAGCAUCUACAAGCCAACGCUCAUCAGAACAGUACUGUCCGACAGCAUCGCCUCCUUCCCGCAUAACACCAUCUUCCUCUCCCUCUUCGCAUGGAACGAGUCCCGCUUCCGCAUCGAAGAACGCGUCCGCGACGUCGUCCGAAAGAUCACCCAUACAGCCAGGGUCUCCACUGCUUCUUCUUCUUCAUCAUCUUCGUCUUUUUCUUUUUCUUCCACCGAAGUCCCGAUCACCACCCACCUCUUCUCCAUCUAUACGGAGCUCCAUCGCCCCACCUACGCCGGUUCAACGCUGCAUUCCGUGCGUGCAGCGUUCGAAAAGGCCCUACACCCAGACUCCUCUUCUUCGUCCUCGUCCUCGCCCGUGUCAUCCGCUUCCAACCUCUCCCUCUGGAAACUAUACAUCCUCUUUGAAAUCUCGCGGGACGAUCUCCGCCGCGCAAAACAUAUCUUUUACCGCGCGAUGCGGGCCUGUCCGUGGUCCAAGGGACUGCUCUUCAUGGCAUUCUCCCAUCUGAGGGCCGCGGGCCAGGAUGGAAUGCACUUCGAGGAGUUGAGGCGCGUGUACCAGGUUCUCAUCGAUAAGGAAUUACGAGUCCAUGUCGAAAUCGACGAAUCCCUCCUAGACGCCGUUCAGGAGGAGCGGUUGCGUCAUCCAUCUUCUUCACGUGGUCAAGGGCAUGCACCGAUUCAUUUACCAGAAGAUGAAGGCGGGGGAGAAGAAGAUACGGAUACAAAUAAUUUGCAGUGA